UAUAACCCUAAUUUUAAAAGGUUUCCCAGCAGUUAAUUCUUACAAUACACAAUGACGACGGAAGAUCCAAAAGUACUAUACCCUCUGCAUUACCAUGUUUGGAAUAAUGAUUAUAUGGCUUUGGAUGAGCUACUUCACCAGAAAAAGCAUGAUAUAGAGAAACUGGAUCCUCAUGGGAGAACCCCAUUAAUGUUAUGCAUUGUACUUGAUCAUUUGGAGUCUGCACGAGUUUUACUCCGCCAUGGUGCAAACGCUUGCGUUUCUACUAGUAAAUUCUGGACAGCUGCACAGGAGGCCAUUGCAACAGGAGACCCUGAACUUGUUAAACUAAUCUUGGUUCAUAGAGAUGCUCAGAUUGUCCGUCAUCAGGCUGUUAUAGUUGCAGAUUUACUACAGAAGCUCAGAGAAACCCCCGAUUUUUAUAUUGAGAUGAAAUGGGAGUUCACUAGUUGGCUACCACUUGUAUCGCGUAUGUGCCCAAGUGAUGUUUGUCGGGUAUGGAAAUGUGGAUCAAAUGUUAGAAUUGAUACGAAUCUACUGGGAUUUAAUGGCUCAGCAUCAUGGGUUCGUGGUCAUCUGAGCUAUAUGUUUAGAGCCGGAGAAUCUGGAGCAUAUAUGGAUGAAGUAAACCACACUGAUAGAACUAUUUAUCGGCAUAACGUAAAUUUACUUAGUCGGUCCGAUGGAAUGGAUAGCACACCAGGUGCCGGAAGUGGUGCCGGUGCUGCAGCUACUGCUGCUGCCCAACUCUUUGUACGUGAACCUUCGGAAAGUACUAUUGCAAACAAAUUAACUCAACCUAUUUUCGUUACAUAUUUGGAUACAGAUAAAAUAGAGUUUGAGAAAAGUAAAUCGGGAAUUUUAGGUUGGCGAUCUGAUCGUAAAGAAACUAUCAACAAUCAUCCUUGUCAAGUAUACUGUGCAUCGAAUGUACAAAUCAUCACAUUACGUCGUACAGAACAUUUAACUGAAGAAAAUCUACGUGAUCUUAAUCAACAGCAUAAUUCUAAUGAUAAUGAACAUGGUGGUGUUUGUGGUGUCAGUGGUGAUGACAUAGUAUUUCCAGGUGGUCGAGGCAAUUUACUAACAAAUCUACUACAAACAGCCGCAUCUGAAACUAAGACCAAAACUGAUUUAGCUGUUACGCAUGAAGCAGCAAGCUACAAUCCAAAUCAUAUAACAGCACAACAAUAUUUUUCACCUAAUAUUGGUACACAAAUUCAUUUAGAUGAUAUUGGUCGACCGAAAGCGAUGAUAACAAAAGUAAAGACAUUUAAAGCACGUUUAUGGAUAUGUCGUGAUUAUCCUUUAUCAUUGAAAGAUCAAAUUAUACCGAUUAUUGAUUUAAUGUCUGAAUAUAAUCCAUACUUUCAUAAAUUGAAAGAAUUUCUUACUAAACAAUUGCCUAGUGGAUUUCCACUGAAAGUUGAAAUUCCGCUUUAUCAUGUCUUAAAUGCAUGCGUCUCAUUUGGCAAUUUACAUGGUCAAGAUAAUAGUGUGUAUGGCGUUUCUACAGUACCUAUUGGUAGUAAAGACUCUGGUCUCCAUUAUCCAUCAGAUUCAACAGAUCCACAUAAGAAAACGGAUAGUCCUACAACUAGUAAAUUUGCAUCUGAUAAUCAAACUGAUCAACCAUUACUUGAAUCUUCAACGGAAUCCAGUUCAUUACAACCACUUAAAUGUGUUAUUGAUGAAAGUGUAUUUGAUGUAGGCAAAGGAUAUCAUUUGAUAGUUGAGAAUUCACCUGGACACUAUGGAGCUUUGUAUGAUGAAGAACAAAUGGUUCAAAUGGCUGUUCAACGAAGUUUAGUAGAAUAUGGAUCAUCGGAAAACUUGAUACAAAGAGAUUAUUCAUUGUCUAAACGAGGUAUAGUCGAGGCGAGAGCUGAUGAAUACGUUGAACCAGAAGAAGCUUGGAUGCAACAAGCAAUCGCAGCCAGUUUAAGUCUUGACGGUGCUGAAAUUCCUGUAACAAGUGCGGAUGCAGCAUAUAUGAAAGCUUUAGAAGAAUCUCGUAUUGAACAAGAACUUGAAGAAAAACGUCGCCGAGCUGAGGAUGAAGAAUUAGCACGUAUACUUGAAUUGUCAACCAAAGAAAAAUAACUAAUUAUCUUGUUCUGUUUUACAAAAUUUGAUAAAUCAUAUCUUUGUUCGUAUACGGUAUAUCCCUUUCGAAAACACUUACACGCAAAUACAUACUACUGUGUCAAACUAUAACAAUAAUAAUGGAAGUCCAACAUUGCUUCAUCAUAUCACAUGUGAUAGAAAAACAAAAUUAACCAAAAAUGUAUUGUAUGCUACCUAUUCGAUCCCUGUAUAAAACUUAUCCGACUUGAUAGUCAAACAAAUCGCUUUCAUUCAUCUUCCCACUUCAUACAAAAAUGUCUGCAUAGUUGAUAGUCAUUUAGUAAUGAUUUUUAACCUUUAAUAUAUUCGUAUGGAAAUUAUAUAACUAAUAAGAAUAUAAUGUAUGCCUUCCUGCUUUGAAACUGCUACUAAUGAAGAUAUAACAACACUAAAUUAUAUUUUAAAUCUGUGCAUUAAUGUUAUUAUUUAUAGCCUUGCUUAAUACGCUUAUUUUAUUACCAUUAGUUAAUGCUGAUGUAAAACGAUUCUUGUAAUGUCGUCUUUAUCGCCUUCUGUUUAGCAAAUAUAAUAUCUGUUCUUAAUGAAAGUCUACUGUAUAAAUACAUCUUCACUAUAUUAUCUGAAUGCUCUGUGUAGUAAGCGUAAUUCCCCCCCCAUAGCCUUAACUCUCCCAACAAUAAUAGUUAAAACAAAUGUUUCUCAGUUUUAUUUCUUACGCUUAACCUGAUCCGAUUAAUUUAAUUGAUAAUGAUAAUAAUCAUUCUAGUCAGUAAUAUAUGAAUAUUCUUAUACGUCUUUUUGUGCAUUAUUAUUUUAUCCUAUCAGUCAUGUAACUGCUUUUUGCUGUUUAUUUUAAUUUCUCGUUAUUAUUUGGCUUCAUUUUUUAGUAAUAUCCAUGUGAUUCGAUAAUUAAUCAUUCUUACGAAAAUUAUUAUUGGACAUCGGAUUCGUCUGUGUAUGGUGUUUGCUAUUAUUCUUAUUCUAUGAAAGGUUUAACAUUGCUUAUGUAACAUGUUCAAUCGAUUGCUAUAAUAUGACUAAUCGAUGUUUUAUGUUUAUUCGUCUAGUUGGAUUAGUGUGGUGUUACACAGGAUUAUUAGCUUAGCUGUUGUCUUUGAAACAAAAUGAUUCUGCAACUUUCAACUGAAAGUUUCAGACCUCUGGUUAUUGUGAUCGUAAAAAACUUUCUCAGUUACCCAAUGUCAACAGUCCAUCAGUGGUUUUAUCAUGAAGUCAUUGAAUUGUGAAAUCACCAUACUACCUUGGCCUUCUAUACACAGUAACAAUUAAUUCAACUAUCUUACUUCUGUUAAAUUAAUAAUCCUAUGGUUAACCUUGCUUACCUCAACGCUCUACUUUCAUCCCAACAUCGCUCCUGAAACGACAAGAUAAAUCAAUAGAGUAUUUAUUUUUUGAGUUAUCCUCUUGUUUCUAAGCCUAAGGCAAGUAUUUGUCCUAAAUAUUUCCCCUAGAAAACUGAUCGCUUGCGAUAGACAGUCAAACUAAACAAAGUUCAUUAAUAAAACUUAUUAAACAUCCUACAAUUUGCUCAUCCAGAACCAUGUCUACAUUGAAUACCUGAAAUGUUACUUAUCAAUAAAAGUAGUAAGAUUUCAAGCCCCAUUCUUUUUACAAUACACAUUUUCCAUCAACGCACUAGGUCUCAACUGAAUACCUAGAUUAGUUCGAUAUGUGUAAAAGCAAGUGAGUUUCCUGUAAGUGCUCCCUCAAAAUAGCAAGGAGGAUGCAUGUGAUUAUUUGUUCGGUAUCUUAAGGUGAUUAAACAGAGACUUCGUGAU